GCUUGCCCAAGUAUCGCGACUUUUCGCGACGCAUGAAAAAAAACCCAAACCUCUGACCACUACCACCACUUUUCACAAACACAAAACCAGAAAAGGCACAAUCGAUUCUCACACACACAUCAAUCUCUCACUCAACUCUGCAAUCCUCCGCACAUCCCCCUCGCAAAAAUCCAAUCCCAAUGUCCACCUCCACCCCAACAACCCCCAAAACCCUCCUCACAGUCCUCAUCUCCGGCAACGGCACAAACCUCCAAGCCCUCAUCGACGCCUGCGCAUCCCCCUCCUCCGUCCUCUCAAACUGCACAAUCACCCACGUCGUCUCCAACCGCAAAGCCGCAUACGGCCUCGUCCGCGCCCAAACCGCCGGCAUCCCAACAACAUACCACAACCUCGUCCCCUACACCCGCAAACACCUCGCCGCCAUCCCAACUCCCAAACCCAACGACGACACCACACCCACAGACCCCGAAAAAACAACCCAAAUCGAAGCCGCAAAAGCCUCCGCCCGCGCAGCCUACGACGCCGACCUCGCCCACCUCCUCCUGCACCCCCCCACCCCACCAGCAACAAAACCCCACCUCAUAAUCUGCGCAGGCUGGAUGCACGUCCUCACCCCCUCCUUCCUCGACCCCAUCGCCGCCGCCGGCAUAGACGUCAUAAACCUGCACCCUGCGCUGCCAGGCGCGUAUAACGGCGCGAACGCGAUUGCGCGGGCGUAUGCGGAUUGGCGGGCGGGGAAAGUGGACAGGACGGGGGUGAUGGUGCAUCGGGUUGUGCGGGAGGUGGAUAUGGGGCUGCCGUUGGUGGUUAGGGAGGUGUGAUUGGGGUGCAGUGCGGAGAUAAGGAGAGAUAGAUGGUAGAUUUGUCACAUGAGAGGGGAGCACAGAGAAGAACCAAAGGCAGUUGUGUAGAUGGAGGAAGAUCUAGAAUAUUGCUUCAAAGGCUUCUUCCUCGUAAUCUUGCAUUCAACAAUGCUGCGCUCUAUCCUAACACGGGGCUCCCUCAAAUAUCGUCUUUCCCAUGUCGAUGACGCCGACGCCGACGACGACAACAACAACAA